AUGCCCCCAACUAUCCCUAUUAAUCAUUACGGCGACUCUAGAAACCAACAAAAUAGAACCGCACGUAAAGGUCCUGGUUCCCCGACACACCCAGUAAAGGACAUGCCGGAUCACCAAGAGUUCAACUACGAGCUUUUUAACUGCAACAACUUUAAUAUACGCUAUUGGAGCUGGAAUUACCGCGGCUGCUGGCACCAGACUUGCCCUCCAAUUGUUCCUCGCUCCCUCUCCGGAAUCGAACCCUUAUUCCCCGUUACCCGUUGA